AUGAUGGAAGAGGUUUCAAUCUCUGGCGAGGAGGCCGAGGGGUUUGAUUUGUACGAUGGAAAGCCCUCUGGAGAGCGUUGGGCUCCAGUUGGAGCCAGCGAACUGGACGACGAAGCCCAGUUCGAAUCUGCUUACGAAGGCAAUUGCUUUUACCCUGGUGACUUAUCUCGAACGAAGGAGUUGGAAGAACAGCUUGAUGUUGUCAAUUCAUCUCUCAUUGCACUGACAUCACACUUUGCUCAGGUACAAUUUCGUUUACGGCAAGUUGUUGAUGCCCCAGUGAAUGACAAAGAUGCUCUUCUCAAAGAUCUGGAAGAAUUUGCAUUUCGUGGCAUUCCAGAGGUCAAGGGACCCCAUUUUUUCUGCAAAGAUGAUAAAGAAUCGAGUGCAAAUAAUCAGGAAGACUAUGUGACACAGCAGAGAGAAAAACAAAAAGAACUGAUAAAACAGUUAAAGGAGCAGUUAGAGGAUUUAGAGAAGUAUGCCUAUGAGACUGGUGGUGCUGGGCUCCCUCAAAGUGUACUUCUGGAGAGACAGAAGCUACUUAUCGAUGAACUGAAAGGAAAGUUGAAUCUCAAAGUUGAUGAUAUUGAAGUGUUAACUCCAGAAAUGUUGAAGAAAGAAGUUGAUGAGGCAGUUGGGGAGCUAAUCAACCCACUAAAGGUGAAGGAACAACUGGUCAAUCAACUGAAAACACAAAUUUCUGAUCUGGAAAGAUUUGUUGACUUUCUUCAAGAGACCGGAAAUGAUCCUCUCCUCACCACUCAUCAAAAAUGCACAUGUAAUUGUCGAGUUCACACUGAAACUUGUGCCAUCACACAGAGAGCCAAAAAGGUCAAAAGUUAUCAAACUCGUCAAAAAGAGUUUGACGUUGAAGAAAAGAAGAUUCGAGAAAAAACUCUUAAUAUAGUGAAAAAGGUUGCUGUACUUAUGCAAAUAUUUGCUGUAUCGCAGUUUGGAUGCGGACAAGAUGUAUUUAGGAAAAACACCAUGAAGAAGACAAUGAAAGUUAAUCACUGGGGUGAUUUGCGUGCUCGCCUAGAGGUUGCUGUUGCUGAAGUGUCAGAAAUUAUGAAAGAAGCCACUGAAGGCCGAAGCACUGGAGAGAGUGAAGACUAUGCAUCAGACUCUGAAGGAGCGCCUAUUGUUAUGUGCAAUGCUCGCAUAACUACUGCUGUUAGAAAAAAAUUGGCAAUGGCCAUUAAAGAUCUUAUUGAACAUGGUCUUAUUCAGAACAACCAAAAUUUGAGCUUGGUUCCACUAAUUGGAUGCUUUCCUGUCCGUGGCCCUGCAGUGAAGGAAAAAACUUUUCAUGCCUGGGAACUUAUUUUGGCAUAUUAUGACUUGAAGAAUGGAGAGUCUUAUAAUGCUACACCGGCAAGACGUUUGUCUCAGAGUUUCAACUUGGAACUUGUGGGUGGAGUUGCAGUAUCAAACAAGCAGCAACUGCUAAGCACCAUUGACAACAUAAUAAGCAGCCACACAAGAUAUAAACGCAGCUAUGAUUCUCACUUCAAAGCCUUUGUUUGUGCCGCUUUAAAUUCUAAGAAGCUUGUGUUUUGGUUGAGGCUCAUACUCCAUUGUCAGCCCAUUGUGGAGGCAUAUUACCAACCAUGGAGUUACGUGUGCAAAACUGGAUUUGAGGACAGCCUUCGUUCAUUGGAGAAAUUGACAAAAUUCCACUUUGAACUUCCAGUUGAUUUAGCAGUGAGACAGUUCCAGAACAUAAAGGAUGCUUUUUAAGCAAUUUCUAUUUCUGAUACGGCCCUUUUGGGAUAUGCAUGACUUUGCACAUUCGUCUUGGUCUAUAGGAGAGCAAAUUUGGUGACUGUUCUUGUGGCACACAGGGAAGUAGUGGAAUAAAAUAAAAUUAGUAUCAGAGUGACAAGUAUAUAAAUGACAAGACUUACUUCUGAUUUGUAAAAUUGUGGCUUGAGUAGUAAUGUGAUACAUGCUCCUAGAUGAUACAGAUUUAUUAGUCAUAUGUACAUCUAAUUUAAUCAUAAAGAGAAUCUUUAAUUUCUUAACUGUGUUUAUGUAUGCUGUAGACUUAUUGGUAAAUUCCUAUUAUCCAUGUAACCAUGAGGGAUGGACCCGUCUCUGAGGAUGUAACAGUAUUCCGAUCAAAACUUCCCGAUUGGCGGGAUAUUUUCCUCAAUUAAAAUUUUCAGGGAGCCUUGUCUAAAGGGCAAAUUAUGAAAAUCAUUGCCAGUGACAUUAAAUACUUGAUCUCCA